AUGACAUUCCUGGCAAUAAAUAAUUCAGCAGAACCCUCCAAAACGGAUACCAAGAAGCUCCAAAAGAAGGGAAAUGGAACAGAAUCGGAAAAAAACUCUCUCUGCGGUAUGAGCGAAGUUUGUAUCCAGACCUGCGCCUGGAUAUUACUAACCGUUGGACUUUGUAUUAUCAUUGUGGUCUUCUAUUUGGCCAUACACCAACAGAAUCAUGAUAAUGUCCGCUCAUUUGACUUGGAUUCCCGUAAUGAAAUUUCCAUUGCCAAUGUUUCCAUUGUCCAUGAGGAUGCGGCUGUAGUCGUCAAUGAGAGUGGUGGUGGUGAUGAUGAUGACGAUGAUUCCGACGAUAACAAUUCGGAAGAUAAUUUAUUGCGUGUCAACCAAGAUAAUGAAUGGCUGGAUUCACCACGCAGCAGUCGGAUGAUUAUUGAAAAUGUAUUCGGUUCAAUAUCGACGAAUUUAAUUGGUUGCCAAGAGAAGCUUUGUAAGAUUGCCUGUUCGAAUGAUAAACAUAUUUAUACCUCAUUGUUUGCGACCAUGAAGACCACCUCCUGCCCCUCCAUUGAUGUAUUGCUCAUGGAAUCCCAAAAUUUCCCCGAUAAUAUUUUAACAAAUUCCUGGCUGCCGGCUAAUCUUUCCGUGUAUGAGAUUAUCUUACGGUCAAGUAAUGUAACCCGGAUCAAGGGCAACUCCUUUAAUACGCCUAUGUUUAUGGGUGUAUUUCUAAUGUCCUGGUUCGAUUUGGAACUGGAUACAGUGGAAAGUGGAGCCCUAUUGGGCCUUUUUAAACUGAGAUAUCUGACGAUCGAUAGUAAAAUUAAAAAAUUGGAACCGGCCUUCUUUCAACCGGUCCAAACUACCCUAACCCAUUUGAAAUUGAAUGCCCGACUCGAGAUGAGUGGCAAUCGGAAUCUCUUCGAUGUCGGCUAUAUGAGUAAACUGGAAUAUUUGGAUUUAAGUUAUAAUAACAUCAGCGGAACAUUGACACGACGAAUGUUCCAGUCCACACCGAAUUUGAAAUAUCUGAUCAUGAUCGAUUGUAAAUUGGAACAUAUCGAGGAGCAUGCCUUUCGGAAUUUGACGAAUAGGUUGAUAUUUUUGAAUUUAGCCAAGAAUCGUUUGAUCACACUGGAGGCACAGAUUGUGGAGCCGAUAUUGCGGAACAAUGUCGGUGCUAUGGUUAGCCUCAGUCGCAAUGAAUGGCGUUGUGAUUGUGAUAUGGAACAUCUGGCAUCGCUGUAUCGUGAACAGCGGAAUAAAUUUAUAGAAGAUGUUUAUUGUACGGCCCCUAGGAUUCUCUAUGGCAUACCCAUUGAUGAGGUGAACUAUGAGGAGCAGGGUUGUGAUAAAUUUGUAACCACCGAAGCUACCAUUGAAGAAAUAGAAAUUUCGCCCACGAUCCCCCUGACAACUCCCAAGACAACUGAUAGUACCCCGAAAAUGGAUUUCGAUGCCAGCGAGGAUGAUAAUAUCGAUGAUUCCGGGGAAAUAACGAAGUUGUUUAAAAUGCGUUGUGUCAAUGCCGAAUCGGCAGAGUCGAGUGUGGCGGAAAUUACCGCCUCGGCAGAGGUACUCGAACGCAAUUUGGAUGCCGGUGAUGACAAUGAUAUUUUCCAAUUGCCACCACCCUCCCAUGAAUUCGAUUUGGAAUUAAUCGAAGAAAACAACACCGUCAUUGUACUGGUCAAGGAUCCCGGGGAUCUGGUCAUUAUGUGGUUCAGCGAACAAGAAGAAGCCGACUUUGUAACCUGUAAUGGUCGCACUGUGGACUAUGAAUGUAUGCGUUAUGCCCAGCCCCAGCUAAUGGUGGGCCCCUUGGUGGAGAAUACCACCUACACGUUUUGUUUGGUACCACCCUAUCAAAAUGCCAUAUCCCCAUUCAAUUGUAUGCCUCUCCACGUGCCCCUCAAGAGGCAGGAGAACAUUUGGAUAUCUCAGGACAAUAAACAAUUUACCAUUGGCAUGUUGUGCCUCAUCUUUUUGGUCUCCACCAUUAUGGGGGCCUUGGUUGCCUAUUUUGGCAUUAAAACCUAUCCCGAUCUCUUGGAGGGUUCGAAAAAUGUUUUAGUUGUCAAGAAACCUGACAAGUCGUGUUAUGUUUCAACCAUAUCGGAAACGGAAUAUAUGAAACAGAAUUCGCUGAAGAAGCGUAAGACCUACAUCAAUAAUGAGAAAAAGGAUUCGCUGAGCAAAGAGGUCCUAAGGAAGAAAUCGUCCAUCAAACUACCCCUACCCGCCAUACCACCCGAAACACCACCACCUUCCUUUCAAAUGUCUGUACAAAAUUUGCCGCCCAGCUUGAUAUCGAAUUCGCCCUAUUUGGAUGAUCCAUUCUCUUCGGAUUUUAUUUGUCGUGAUGAAAACUAUGAGACACCAAGAUCCUGUGAAAAUGAAUAUACCCUGGAACAGCGUUCGGCCCCAAAUAAUUAUGCCAUGAGUCCAGCAUCACCACCUCCGCUACCGAAAAGGAAUUCGAAUUUAUCGGAUACCUCUACACUUGUUCUGCAACGAUCCUCUAAGGAAAUGUAA